CCCGCCACCAUGGACGAGCGCCCGAUGCUGCGCGGCAUCUUCGCCUUCGAGGACGAGGAGACGCCCGAAUGGCGGCGCGUGGUCAUGUCCGAGACGUCCGGCGGCGUGCCCAAGUUCGCCACCAAGGCGGAGUGCGAGGACUUCAUCCGCAAGCACUGCUGGCGCGGCUCGAACCCGGACUUCCCCAAGCUGCAGCACGUCUUCUCCAUGCUCGUGGACUGGCAGCAGAUCACGGAGGUCCUGAUCCCCAAGAUCCAGGAGUACGACCAAAGGUAUCCGCUGGAACCGGUGCCCGAGGUCAGCCACGGCAACCGCUUCGCGCAGGGCGAAGGUGUGCCCAUCGCCGAGGACGUCGACUACCGCGUCAACAUGCCGUUCCACCAGCGCACGAACCGCGAGUCCACGUUCAACACGCUGCGCUACCUGUUCUUCCACAUGCGCUGCGGUAUCUUCGUGAUGAUCCGCCGCCGCCGCGUCGUCAUCUUCGCGCCGUUCGCCAACAAGGACUACGAGAACAACUGGGGCGAGAAUGUGACCUUCGACAGCUCGGACGGCAGCAUGUUCGCCUACUACCGCGAGAAGCAGCGCUACUAUCGCCGCGAGAACAUCAUCCCGGACGUGAACAAGUGGUGGGCCAACGGCAACAUCAUUUGCAACGAGCACUGCAGGUACCGCAACAAGGAGGACGAGACGCAGUACUGGGGAGACCAGUUCCUCACCCAGCUCCGUGACAUGCUCGAGGAUGCGUGCAAGUACCGGAACAUCGCAGACUGCGAGUUCUUCAUCAACAAGCGCGACUACCCGCACUUGAAGGAAAACCUGAGCGAGCCGUACGGAUUCUUGUUCGACAAGGACGACCGCAACCCGGACGAUGAUAUCCCGCUUACCGAGCACCUGUACGCGACGUAUGCGCCGAUCAUGAGCUUUUACGUGUCGAAGCGCUUUGCAGACAUUCCGUUCCCUUGUUCGGAGGACUGGGAGGCUGCUACAGGCCUUGUGUUCCCACAGUCCUUCCGGCAUACUCAUUGCGACCAGUGUCCGUGCCGUAACCCGACGCACUGCGACAACGACUGGGAGUGUUUUUGCGAUGUGGGCGCCAACGGCCGCAAGAGGCAUGGCAUUGAAGGCGCUCGCGACCUGUUCACAGCGAACAACUUCCGAAAGUUUUACAAGCCGUGGGAAGAUAAGGUUAACACUGCGUUUUUCCGAGGCAGUGCUACAGGCGGUGGAACAACUAUCGAAAUCAACCAGCGCCUUCACUUGGCACACCUCUCCAACACUUGGAAGAACGACCCUACGAUGAACGGUGAGGCCGAGAGAGAUGCUGCGGGUGAUGGAGACGCAGAGUUGGUGCCGCUGCUCAAUGCGGAAGUGACAACCUGGAACCUUCGCGACAAGAAGAUUGCUGGCAAGCCAAUGACAUUCCUGCGUCACGAAGAUUUUAUUUUUGAGGGUGGGCGCCAGCAUUUCAUCCCGAUCUAUGAGCAGUCCAAGUUCAAGUACAUCUUGUACGUGGAAGGCCACUGCGCAGCCAACCGUUAUGCAUUCCUGAUGCGUUUGGGCAGCGUGAUUCUCAAGGUCAAGUCUCGCUGCGUUGCGGACGAGAUGUGGUAUUACCCCAUUCUGAAACCAUUCGAAGACCAUGUGCCGGUCAAGGAGGACCUUUCAGACCUGGCAGAGAAAAUUCAAUGGUGCCGUGACAAUGACGAGAAAUGCCGACAGAUUGCGGCCCGUGCCAACGAGUUGUACGAGCAGUUCGUGUCGAAAGAGGCCAUCCACGACUACAUGGAGAUUAUCUGCAACCGAGUCGCACAGCGCUUCCAGACGACGCCUACUUGGUACAAGCGUCCAGAGGGCGUUGAGUCUAUGAAGAAGCCCGAUCUUGGCCGUUCGCGUGGAAUGUGUGUCGGCGGUGCAAGCGCGCGGUAUUGUAAGAGGUGCCUCGAAAUGAAAGAUGACGACGAAGAAGCGCGAGCAAAGCGCGACCGCGAGAGGGAGUCGUCACGAGACAACGACCGGGGCCGUGGAAGCUACUCGUACAACAAUUAUGGCCGCGACCGAGGCCGCGAUCGUAGCCGUGACCGCGACCGCGACCGUGACCGGGACCGUGAUCGCGACCGCAGUCGAGACUACGAUCGCCGUGACCGCGGCUACGGCGGUAGUUCGGAUAGAGGGUACCGCCGCGAUGAGAAAGAACGCGAGGAGAGAAGUCCUAAGCGCCCGCGCGUACAACAAUGCCGGAAGUGCCGGCGUGCGAAGUCUGCCUGCCAGUGCAGCUUCCGUGGUCGCUAGCCCCACAGCUAAGCCUGAACAAUUUAAAGGGAUGCAGGUAGUCACCGAGGCGACCAGGCUUUGAAUUGC